AUGAAGAGCUUCGUCGCCCUAACAAUUUUAGCCGUCGUCUUUGCGACGAUGGCAGCAGGACAGGUGGCCAAAGAACAAUCUGAAUCAUCCCAUAUGCGCGUUCGCCGUGAACCUGAUCCAGAACCUAUGUCCAUAACAAGACCACCGCCACGUCCACCGCACAUCCGUCUUCGCCGUGAGGCCGACCCAGAACCUGAACCCGCACAUAAACCAGUAUACGUUCCACCUCCACGACCGCCACAUCCACGUCUCCGUCGUGAGGCCGACCCAGAACCUGAACCCGCAAACAGGCCAGUGUACAUUCCUCCCCCACGUCCGCCACACCCUCGUCUCCGUCGUGAGGCCGACCCAGAACCUGAACCUGGAAAGUGGCCAGUUCAGAAUCCCCAGCCUAGGCCAAUCUACGUUCCUCCUCCUCGCCCACCGCAUCCUCGUCUUCGCCGUGAAGCAGAGCCGGAACCUGUAACUCAUGGCACAAUAUACUUUCCAACUCCCCCACCACCGCGUUUUCAUUGA